CUAGGCGGGAUUCCGCGGACUGUGGCUGGCGGUGGUGGAUUCCUCGGGCCGCAGGCUGGGUGCGGCGAGUUCACCGCCUCGGGCCCUCCGGGUUACCCUGAGCUCUUGAGACAAGUUAGUGUCGUUGUUAGGAACGGUUGACCCUGAACACAGGAGGGAGGGUAAACCUCUUAAAACGUGUGGGGUGCCAGCUGUGUGCACGCCCACAGAGCCAAAAAGGCGAGGUAGAGCACACCCGAGACCGUAGGGAGAUUCCAGCAUGCUGAUCCCAUUUUCAAUGAAGAAUUGCUUCCAGUUACUUUGUAACCACAAAGUCCCAGCAGCUGGCUUUAAAAACACAGUAAAGAAUGGACUUAUUUUACAGUCAGUUUCCAAUGAUGUUUAUCAAAAUCUGGCUGUAGAAGAUUGGAUCCAUGACCAUAUGAAUCUAGAAGGCAAGCCAGUUCUAUUCCUGUGGAGGAAUUCUCCCUCUGUUGUAGUUGGUAGGCAUCAGAAUCCUUGGCAAGAAUGCAACCUGAGUCUGAUGAGAGAAGAAGGUAUAAAACUGGCUCGGAGAAAAAGUGGUGGAGGAACAGUCUACCACGAUAUGGGUAAUAUCAACUUGACUUUCUUUACAACCAAAAGCAAAUACGAUAGAUUGGAAAAUCUGAAAUUAGUUGUGAGAGCCCUGAAGGCUGUCCAACCCAAGCUGGAUGUGCAGGCUACCAAGAGAUUUGACCUUUUACUUGAUGGACAAUUUAAAAUCUCAGGAACAGCUUCUAAGAUUGGCCGGACUACUGCUUAUCACCAUUGUACCUUAUUAUGUAAUACUGAUGGGACUUUCUUGUCUUCCUUGCUGAAGAGCCCUUACCAAGGGAUCAAGAGCAACGCCACUGCCAGCAUACCUUCCUUAGUAAAAAAUCUUUUGGAAAAAGAUCCCACUCUGACCUGUGAAGUACUAAUGAAUGCUAUUGCUUCAGAGUAUGCUGCUUAUCAUGAAAUUGAUAAUCAUAUUAACCUAAUAAACCCAACCAAUGAGACAAUGUUUCCUGGAAUAAAUAGCAAAGCCAAAGAUCUACAAACUUGGGAGUGGAUAUAUGGCAAAACUCCAAAGUUUAGUAUAAAUACUUCCUUCAAUUUGUUAUAUAAACAGUCAUAUUUGGAAAUUAAAGUAUUCAUAGACAUAAAGAAUGGAAGAAUUGAAACCUGUAAUAUUGAAGCACCUGAUUAUUGGUUGCCACUGGAAAUAUGUGACAAACUAAAUACAAGUUUUAUUGGCAAUAAGUUUUGUCCAAUUGAAACUACUAUGCUAACAAAUAUAUUACUUAGAACAUGUCCAGACGACCAUGAGCUACACAUGAUACCGUUUGUUUCUCGGGAGAGAGGAAGUCAUCAGGUGAAGAGUCUGAAGGGCCUCAAGUUCCAGAGAGUGGAUUUGACCAAGUAACACCUGGAACAGAUAAAAGAUGUUUUGCGGGUAGAUUCCACAGAACAUCCUGAAUGUUUUCACAUCCAGACAAGGGGAAGAAAGGAGUAAAAAUUAUUCCUAAAUUUCUUUGAGCAACUGGAUGGGUAAGAGUAAACCCAGUGAUUGGG